AUCGUGCCUCACCUGAGACUCUCCACCACCAGCGCCGUCACCACCAACGCAGCCUUUAUCAACCACGUUUUUUUACUCCAAGCAUUACCAGACUCCAAACAUGACCUCCACAGAGGACGACUCGUACUUCUCAUCUUCGACAAUGGAGCGAAAGCAGCCAGCAACCACCAGGCCUGCACAGCCUCCUUCAAUCCCUCUUUUUCUUCUUCGUCUUCCAUCUGUCCUACUCUGCCUUAACAUCCUAACGGUCCACCUCUCCAACGCUGAAUACUGCAACAAUACCGGCAACUUCUUGGCCAACGGCAACUAUGCCAAGAACCGCGAGCUAGCCCUCUCUUCUUUAGCUAGGGACAUCGCUUCGGAGGGUGGGUUCUACUCCGGUAAGGUAGGGAACGGCUCGGAUGUUGUUUACGUGCUCGGUUUCUGCAGAGGCGAUUCUUCAAACGACACUUGCUUCAAAUGCAUAACCUCUGCUGCAGAAGAUUUGAUGAUCAAGUGUCCGACCCAGAAAGCUGCGUCCACCUGGGGGACAGGAGGUCCUCCGUGCAUCAUCCGUUACUCUGAUGCUCCGAUGAACGGUGUGAAGCAGACGUCUCCGACAUUAAUGCUUUAUAACACCGGCCACAUCCAGAUGGAUCAGAAUGAGUUCGAUCCGAUAUGGAGGAACUUGAACGUGGAGCUGGCAGCGAGGGCUUCGAUGGGGACGUCACAGCUCAAGUUCGCGGUGGGGAGCACAGUUUUGCCGAACCUCCAGACCAUGUUCGCACUGUUGCAGUGCAGCCCUGAUUUGUCUCGGAUUGACUGCCAAAGUUGCUUGUUGGAAUGCAUAAAUAAUUAUCAAGGAUGUUGCCACGGAUUUCAAGGUGGCGUUGUUCAAAAGCCGAGCUGCAUUUUCCGAUGGGACUUGUACCUUUUUUUCGAGUCCAAUCCGGGCAAUCCUAUGUCAUCUCCGCCACCACCAACUACAGUCACCGACGCUGACCCUCAUGCUCCACCUGCAAAUCGGAGCAAUCCUCUGUCAUCUCCACCACCACCAAUUGCAGUCGCCAAGGACGACUCUCCUGCUCCACCUGUAAAUCGGGGCAAUCCUCCGUCAUCUCCACCUCCACCAACUGCAGUCGCCGAGGCCGACCCUCCUGUUCCUCCACCUGCAAAUGCCCUAGUCCCCAACGGUAAUAUCUCGAAGUCAUUACGCAUUGCGGUUGUUGUCGUAGGUUCGGUAGUUCUCAUUGUGAUGGUUGUUAUCUCCGCUCAUUGCUUUAUCAGAAGGAGAAGAAGUAAUCCAUGGAUGGUCUUAUCUGCAAACGAGGAGGUUGAAAUUGAUGAAAGCUCACAGUUCAAAAUAAGCGAGAUCGGGGCUGCCACAAAUUUCUUUUCAGAAGGCAAAAAGAUUGGAGAAGGCGGAUUCAGAAAAGUGUAUCAGGGCAAGCUUGAAAAUGGAAAAUAUAUUGCUGUGAAGAGGCUUCAGAGGUGUUCUAAUCAAGGUCAGCAACAUUUCAAGAAUGAGGUCACUCUGUUGGUCAGACUUCAGCACAAAAAUCUGAUUAAGCUCCAUGGGUAUUGCUUGGAAGAGGGGGAAAGAAUUCUUAUACUCGAGUUCGCACCCAAUGGUAGCCUCGACAGAUUCAUUUCUGAUUCAAUCAAUCGUGUGCUGUUAAGUUGGGAGAGGCGUUUCAGUAUAAUAAGAGGAAUCGCUCGAGGGCUUCUUUACCUGCACGAGGAUUCCCCCCUUAGGAUUAUCCACCGUGAUCUAAAGCCUGGCAAUGUUCUGCUGGAUGAUAACAUGAAUCCUAGGAUAUCUGAUUUUGGCACGGCAAGGCUAUUUGUUUUGGACCAAAGUAGAGAUAAAACUGCACAUAUCGAAGGAACUUCUGGCUACAUGGCUCCUGAAUAUGUAAGGCAUGGAGAGAUCUCUGUGAAGACCGAUGUGUAUAGCUUUGGCAUAGUGGUAUUGGAGAUCAUCAGUGGCAAGAAGAAUUCGGAGCACCUAUUGAGCUACGCAUGGAAAAAUUGGAGAAAGGGAACGCCUUUUCGCCUUGUAGAUCCGAUGUUAAACGCCAGUCCGAAAAGCGAAUUGUUAAGAUGCAUUCAGAUUGCAUUGUUAUGUGUCCAAGAGAACGUAGCAAGACGGCCUACCAUGGCUUUGGUGGAUAUAAUGCUUGGAAGCCAGAGUACGAGCCUCGCAAUGCCGACACGGUCUGCAUAUUUGACAGAUGACAGUGUUAGAGAAAUGUGGACUUCAUCGGACAAUGGCUCAUCACCGUCAACAAACGAAGCUCAGGACAGAUCCACAUCCUACAUGACAUCAUUAUCGUCGGAUCGAAGCGGACUAUGGAAGUAA